AUGGGGUGUGUGACUCUAUUUGAGCCUGUGGUGGGUCUACAUGCUUUUGCCAUGUUCAUGACCUAUCCUCUACUACAGCAGUAUAUCUACAGGAGGCUGUGGGAACAACUGAGUGGAUCUCUAUUUCCUGUCAGUAUAAACCAGUCUCAUUGCUCCAACAACUACACCAAUCUGACUAUUCAUCAGGAUAUUCAAAAAUGCAAAGCCAAUAUUUUCUCUUUUUACCCAUACAAGUUCAUUAAGAACCACCUGGUCUCCUUAGUGCUUCUGUUGUCAUACAGUGACUAUGGUGGCCAUAAGGUGGCAAUGGCUCACCCAUUGGUGGGCAGUUUUUUCUUCACUCUCACUUUCUUCAUAGUGGGCAAGUACACACUCAGAUACCUCAGGUACUUUCUUGGUGCUGCUUUUUUUGCUGGGCUUUGGGGUAAACAUACGCUGACUGGAGACUGUUUAUUCUAUGUGGCUGACAAUUGUGUACUAGACUAAGCAGAGAAUAGAAAAAGAGUAAAGGCUAUUCAAAUGACUCGUCUAGACAUUGUUCUAGGUGUGCUGUCUGAUUUGGGCUCCCUUUGCACUGGGUUCUAUAUUCAAGAUGCUGGCUUCAGCUGGCCAUUCCUCUCUGCAUCCAUAGUUCAUGUGCUCAACCUGAUUUAUGUGCUGGGGAUGCUGAAGGAGCCUCAGUGUCCUUCAGUACAAAAUCUGACUCUGAAGCAGAGCUCGUCCAGCCACAGGGCAGCUGCUGAACCUUUCCCUCAGACAAGGUGUUUUUAUGGUGUCUGUCUGCUUUUUGCAGCUUCUACAAGGAGACAAAAUGUAGUGCUGCUUCUCAUCCUGAGUGCCUUUGUCGUCUGA